GAAAUGUUGGUACUUGAUACCAUUUUAAAAUGACGUGUUUUUACAAAUUAUCUUUUGUUUCAGGUGUAACGUUAGGUCAAAGGAAAUAUAGUAGAAAUGUAGAAACAACGGUGGUGAAAACAGGUGUGAAUUUCGACUGCCCAGAAGAAUUUGGAUACUACCCCCACCCGAAUGACUGCACACAGUAUUAUGUAUGCGUUUUUGGAGGAGCAUUACUUGAAUCCUGCACAGGAGGACUCAUGUACAGCCAUGAACUCCAAACCUGUGACUGGCCCCGCAACGUGGGCUGCGAAGGUGUGGAACUAGGGGCUGCGUCCUCAUCGGCUUCCGCGUCAUCCUCGUCAUCAGCUGCCCCUAGUGCUCCAUCUAGAGGGAGGGAGAGGGACAGGGAACGAGAUAGGGAUGGCGUAAGGGAAAGGGAGAGUCAAAGGGAAAACAACAGGGAUGACAGGAGGAGGUUUACACCACCACCACCUCCUCAACCGCAAGCCGUUGUCACCUCUAGGGGGCAGCCCAGACAGCUUCACCAUUCGCAACAAGAAAUUAUCAAGCAACAACAGCAACAGCAGUUAUAUGAAGACGCGGAGGAAGUUUUGCCACCAGCAGAAGAGGUGGAGAACGAUCGACAACAGAGAGUGUAUCGGGGACAACCUUCGACAGUAGGCCAAGUACAAAGAGACAGAGAUGGUCUCAGGAAUGCUAAUGUUAUUCCUACGUAUACCGGCAGAGGUGAAAAGAUCGGCGUGAUCUCGUUUGGUACACAAAAUAAUCAGCAUUACAGUGACGAAAGCAGUGUAGCACCACCAAAAGCGGUGCCUACAGCAACACCCACCUCUGCCAGAACGGUCUAUAAUAAUAGUCAGUAUACCAACAACCAGCAUGAACCAUAUUACGCUUUAUAUGAUGAUGUAGAUCUGUAUAGAGAUGCUGAAUAUUCGUUGAACAACUACAACCAGGCGAAUACUCAACGUACUCAAACGCCAGCAUAUAGAGGCACCCCAGCACCCGUAGCUCAAACUACGGCUGUCAGGGAAGACACAUCGAAACGCGGCAACACUGUCUACUUACAGCAGAACAGCUAUCCUCAGGAUACUUACCAACAGUCCACGGUUGCCGAUUAUAAUGACAACAGAUAUGAUACUCAGGUGACGGACGACCAAGCGAUCUACAGGCAGUCAAACAGACAAUCUCCUCCAAGUCUUAGGGAUGACAGGAAUGAAUUAAACGAUGUCGAGGAUGACAUACCAAAAAGAACGACCAACACGAGAAAACCGAUCACGACAACCAUCAGAACAACCACAACUACAACGACGACUCCACGCACCAAUCCUUCUAAAAAGAGCACACAACCCUUGUCAAGCGAGAAUCUUGUCACAGCCAAAAAGCAACAGUUUAAUAAAACUAUAUCGGAAGAUUCCAGGCGAAACCUCGAUAUUCCCAAUCCUCAUAACACAUCCACUGACAAACAAACUGAGUUCAGGAUAAACGUUGACGACUCUGUCCCUGACGAUAGUAGACAAUACUUAAAACCAAUCCCCUAUCCAAACCCAACACCUACUACUCUGAAACCUAUGUUUCACUACAUUACUAAGGCACCUAAGUCAACUGACCAUGUCUCUAACCAUAGUGUGAAUAGCUCUGAUGCAAGUGUUCAUAAAACUAGAGUGAUAACCCCAACUACUUAUUCUCCACCAAAAUUCUUUCUUAAAGACAUUCUACCAAAGUCACUUCAAAACCCCUCAUUUGGUGUUGAUACAAAAAACAGUGAAGAUACGGCUCAGACAAGAGCAUAUAAGACCCUAAAAGCUGUCAGAAAGUUAAUAAAUCCUAUUAAUGUGAAUCAUGAAUUAGCUAACAUUGCUAGGCUUGCAUCAAAAUUCUUUUCCCAAAAUGCCGAUUCCCAAACAUCACAAUUUAAUUUUGAAAACUCCGCUUCUUACGUACGUCCAAAUGACCAAAGACAGACUAAAGAACACUUGCACAGCCCAGAAUACACAACCAAAACAUCCUUGACAACAAAAGACGAUGACUACAAGCCAUCAUCUAUCGAAAACAACACAAACUUAACAUCUACUGAAUCAGCUGGAAGAUCAAUGAACAGAGGACAACAGAAAUACAGAUAUAGCGGGCCUACAAGAUUGGUUAUCGAUAUAUCUCCAGAAGAUGAAGUUGCAACGAGUAAGAGACAGCUAGUGCGGAGCAGAACACCAGCCUCCUCUACUGAAGAUGGCACCUACGAAGUGUCUACAAACAGAGAACAGCAGAGUGAUGAGUACUCAGUUGCUCCACCAAAACUUCUCAUAGAUAUGUCUACAGAAGAACAAAAAAGUUACGAGUCAUCUACAAACAAAUAUCUGUAUAACAACGAAGUCUCUUCAACUUCUGCGCCAUAUGAAGAUGACAUCAAAUAUCCUAAACGUGUCAAGUUAGUUCGUACUAAUAAGUUCACUACAGAUUCCUCAUAUGAAAACGGGGACGAAAUUUCUUCAAAGUCGAAACAACUGUACAAUAAUAGAAUAUUUUCCACAACAACGCCGAAAAUGAUAAUAGAUAUGUCCACAGAAGACGAUGAAGAUUACAUUCUUUCUUCGAAAGAAAGAAGACCAGAUACAUCUGAAAGCAUUCUGGAUUCAUCGCUUGAGAACCACCAAACAGAAAAGACUGCUGAUAUUAAAAUAUCGACUGUUUCUCCUAAAACAACUCAUGAUCACAGAACCGGGCAACAUGGAAAAUUGUCAACGCUUCUACGUACAGUAAUAGGCGCAUCUGCUGAAGACAGUGGUGAACGCUACAAACAAUUUAAAAACGCGCGGUUUCCACACAGUGAACAAACACCUCAUGACACGCCUGCAGCUACAGAAGAAGUAGAUGACUACACGUUGUCAAAACCGACUGUUACACAAAAUCAUAGGAAGUCGUUAACCGGGGAUGUCUCGGAUCGGUAUAGAUUCUCGAAACCUAUCCUGUCUAACGGCAAAAAUAACUAUAGAUUUACUGAAAAAGUGAAGCUCCCACAAAGAUUAAGUGAAAAAUACAUAUCUGAAGAACAAAGUCUCCCACUUCAAAAAGAACAGGAUUAUGAUUACAAGGCAUCGAGUACUGAGGAACAACCCCAGAGAAACAUAGUUAUGACCACUCCAACGCCAGAGAGUGAUUACGACUACAGGUCAUCCAGUACAGAACAUAUUUCCUUAACAGAAUUUGACUAUGAUUACAAAUCGUCGAGUACUGAAAACCUCUCAGACAUGCCUCUAUCUAUCAUGGAGAUGAGUACUUCAACAGAAGACGAAAAUGACUACAAACUAUACAAAGAAGCACGACUUCUACAGAUCAACAAGCUUACGACUGCAUCACCGACUGUGACUACUAUAAACAGCAAAACCUCAUCAACUACUCAGAUGACUGACGUUACGACUGAAAUCAGCGAAACAAACGAAGUCAGUAACGAAUACUUCAGUGAUAGAUCUGACUUGUCUCAAGAACUGGACAAUUUCGUAUCUGACGAACGUAACGAUACAGUGAAACUGGUAUAUGACAACCCACCUCCAAUUUUCAAACCAAUAAAACCUAUUCCUGUAACCAGCAAAUCUGAGAUCCCACAAAGCACCUCUCCUGCAAGGGUGUCCAGAGUAAAUGCCGCUAUUAAGUCUUUAUUAGCAGUGGGGGGAAGAACCAAAUGUCCAAACGACAGAAACCCCAAAUGCAACGAAGUGAAAUCGAGAACUAACAAUAGAGGACGUGGUAGCGCACACUACGGAGGCGCUGGAACUCAAAUAACUAACAAUGAAGUUACUUUUAAUACUAAUAGAGGAACUCCAGCUCCUCGAUCCAGGCCGACAUUAAAACCAACGACGUCUAUUGUUUCAAAAUCUCAAGAGUAUGUAGAUAUCUAUAGAUAUCCACCAAGACGUCCUAGUCCGAUUUACCCUCAGCCACAACCUGACAAAACAGCAGCUAAGUGUAGAAAAGAUGUUUGCUUACUGCCUGACUGUUCAUGCGGUGGAAGAGACAUUCCUGCCAAGUGCAAAAUCUCUACGCAGAUGGCCACGAGAUGGCGUCGCAUACAGUCUCGAGACCUACCAGUCGAGCAGGUGCCGCAAAUCGUAUUGCUCACGUUUGACGAUUCAGUAAAUGAUUUGAACAAAGGUCUGUACCAAGACCUGUUCGAAAGAGAUCGAGUGAAUCCAAAUGGUUGUCCUAUUGCUGCUACGUUCUAUGUGUCCCAUGAAUGGACCGAUUAUAGCCAGGUGCAAAACUUAUAUGCGGACGGCCAUGAAAUUGCCUCUCACACCGUGUCGUAAGUCUACAGAACACUGGCAACACCGCACCGUAUCAUCAAAAUGCACUACUUAACCCUUUUUGGUAGACUACACAACUUCAUGCUUAACCACUUAUUUAACUUUAUACUUUCACAUAUUCAAUAACAUUCCAUGAAAGAUGUUGACACUUGAGCGAUGGACAAACCUUCCUACGUACCAUACUUUCAAGAAACCAAGAAAGUAUUACCCAUAUUAUCACAGCUGAUCAGGAACUUCUAAAAUCUGGUUUGAUUUUACCUACAUGAAAUAUACUGAGUGACAAAAAAAGGUAAACCCUUACGUAUGUUUAUCCGAUUUUAAUAAUUUUUGGCAUAUAUGUUCAGUGUCCCUUACUAGUAAAAUGAAUAAAUUUUCAGCUUGAUUCGUCAACUGGCUGCAGAAGCUGGUUCAAUAAUGUGUUGAGGAUCCACGAUUUCUUAUACACUCAUUGAGAGGCCUGGGCAUGGUGCUGAUAAGGUGGUCGAUAUCCUGUAAGGGUAUCUCAUUCCAGGCUACUGCAACUUCGUGAGUCAGAGCUGCUAAAGUAUGUGGAGGAUGUUGCAUCUAUCAUGUCCCAGACAUGUUCAAUUGGAGAUAGGUCAGGCGAUCGUGGUGGCCAAGGUGAACGAUGCGAUGUUGAUCCAUGAAGGCUAACGAUGCUCUGGCAACAUGCGUUCUGGCACUGUCUUGCUGAAUAAUCGGGUUGCGGAUGGUGUUUAGGUAUGGAAUAAGAUGAGGCUCCACUACUUCCUGAAUAUAGGUUCGGGCUGUCAUAUAUUGUCUCUGAUGAAAAUUAGUGAUGAUCUGCUAGCAUAAGCAAUAGCACCCCAUACCAUAACUCCUACGUUGUGGUCAACGUGAUGCUCUCUGUCAAAUUGUGGCUCAAGUCUCUCAAUACAGAAGCAGGAUUCGUCACUGAAGACCAACUGAUUCCAGUCUAGGUCUCAUAGAAUUAUUUCUCUACACCACAGCAAACGUUUACGCCGAUAUUCAGCUGUGAAAGGUAGCACCCAAUAUGGGCGAUAUGAAAAAAGGCCAAACUGUCCUAUUAGGUGAUAUACCGUACGCAUACCAACUUACCAACCAUCCUUCCAUGCUCUUCAAACCUCUGAUUAUUUAGCGAUGGCUCGAGUACUUCUGAAUCUGUCUCUUAGAGACAGAAGUAUAAAGGCCCAUUCAUACUCAGCCGUGAAGUGAGUGCUGUGACCGACUCGUGAUCCGCCCGGCGAAACUAAAAACUUUCUUCCUGGGAUUUGGAUGAACUGAUUCACACAGGACCGGCACCUGGAAGUGGCUCGACGACUCCGUACCGUGAUCAUCGCAUUGUUUUGAAACGAUAUUUUUCGAUUUUCAUGGCCAUGUUUUUAUGUAAUUGCGUGAAUAUUUUGAUAUAUUUGUCAAAAACAUGAAUGAUGAAAAACUAAUGUGUGCGCGCACAUCCCGUGCUGUAGAACAAGUCAAAUUCAAAAUACAUGAACUUCUGUUUUCUUCUCGUUUCUUUUUCUUCAUCUUCCGUAGGUGGUAGACGGUCUCUGACUGUCGAACGCGGAGGUACCACCCGGCGGAUCUCGAAAGCGGGGCCAGAAUGUGUGCAUGUUGCAUGUGUCCCUCGCCAGAGUCCGUGUGGCGUUCCCCCUUUCCCCUGUAAAAAAAUCCAGAAUUAAUGCAAUAAUUGCAAGUUCAUCCUCUGAAAAUUUUGACACCUCGACAUCACGUGAUCACAACUGCACUGUCAGAGCACGGAGAAAAUACUGACAGGUGUGAAUUGAAAACACUGUGAGCUCACGUCAGCGGGAAUCACUAGCACGUCACGGCACUGUCACGUCACGGCCGAGUGUGAAUGGACCUUUAACCGGCGGUCUUGUCGCUCUGUGGUCCCAAGCAAUACACGCAGCAUCACAAAAACCUGACCAUUUUAUCACUUGUCGUUCAUGGCAAGAUAAAUCGAUAUGUAAAAAAUCCUUGAAUUCUAAUAAACAUACGUAGGUGUUUGCCUUUUUUUGUCACUGAGUAUACAUAUUCAGAACAUAUUCUUUUAGAAUAAUUUAACGCUUUUAUUCAUUUUCACUUAUAUUGGUAAACCCAUAACACCGUUAUUAGGUUUGUCCAUCAAUGCUGAUAAGAUGACUAGAACCACGUUGCUAUUACCUUUCACUUCCCACGCCACUGGCGAAAGAUUUCGAAAAUGAGAUAUUACGUUAUUUAUAUAUGAACUUUCUGUCUGUCUGUCUGUCUGUUAGUCCUUGAUUCGUCUAUAGCUUGGAAGCUGCCGCUUAGAUUUUGAUGAAAUUUUCACACAAGGUUAAUGCUACGCCAACAACAAAAAAGCUUCGGUCCAGUGGUGGCGAAGCUAAGGGCAAAAAUGGAAAAAAUAAAAAUAGCUCUAAUCAUUUUUUUACGAGUAGAAUGACUUUCGGUAUAAUUCGUUCGAUACAGUAGUUUCGUCAUAGCUGUGGCAGCUGUGCGUUUCGAUCACAUCCUGCAUCAGGCUUACUCAUAGCCAUUCCGAAAGAUAUGCUUGUCAAAUGGUUGGGAACUGGGGACGAACUGGUAUAGGUCUAUUUGACUGAUUUGAUGUAUUCAAUUCAUUCGUCAUACAUGUUCGUAGUUGACUUUUUUCUUAAAGAGGAAAUCUUAUGCCAAACAUAAUUAGCGUUGCUUGGGAACUGCAGAAUCAACUCACAUAACGUCAUUUUAAUAUAAUCUAUAACAAGUAAAGGGUUUAGUAGUUUCAGAAUUCAAAAGACGAUGACUGGGCACGUAUUUCAUAUCAAAAGCCUUAAUUGUCCCAUUUUUCAUAACAGUGAGACAAACAUACGUAAAAUAGAUACAGAGCUUCGUGGUUCUCUCAUCGUUCAGCAAAUUUUGGUGUUCACCAGUUCACUGCAUGAAACUACACCUCUAUACCUAUACAGGCACAGUUUUGGCGAGCAGUUCUCGCAGAAGAAAUGGACCAGAGAAGUAGCUGGACAACGAGAAAUCCUUUCAGCUUACGGAGGAGUUAAACUUGAAGACGUCAGAGGCAUGCGAGCUCCGUUCUUGUCCGUCGGUGGAAACAAGAUGUUCAAAAUGUUGUACGAUUCCAACUUCACGUACGACUCAUCCAUGCCCAUAUAUGAGAACAAACCUCCUAGUUGGCCUUAUACCUUGGAUUACAAACUGUUCCACGAUUGCAUGAUCCCACCAUGUCCUACAAGAUCGUAUCCAGGUGUCUGGGAGGUACCUAUGGUGAUGUGGCAAGACUUGAACGGAGGACGUUGCUCAAUGGGUGACGCUUGUAGUAAUCCACCAGAUUCUGAAGGGGUUUACAAGAUGUUGAUGAAGAACUUCCAGAGGCAUUACACCACCAACAGGGCACCAUUUGGGCUGUUCUACCAUGCAGCAUGGUUCACGCAACCACAUCACAAAGAAGGUUUCAUCAAUUUCAUCGACAGUAUACUAACAAUGAAAGACGUUUGGCUGGUAACGAACUGGCAAGCAAUCCAGUGGGUCAGAGAUCCUACACCAAUAUCACGAAUGAACAAUUACGAACCCUUCCAGUGCAAUUAUUCGGAUCGGCCCAAACGAUGCAACAAUCCAAAGGUAUGCAACCUAUGGCACAAGUCAGGUGUCAGAUACAUGAGAACGUGCCAACCUUGCCCGGACAUCUAUCCUUGGACUGGAAACACUGGCAUCCGCAGUAGUAAGAUUGAUAAUGACAUCGAAGAUUAAACUAAAUUCAAUUUUUUACGAUAAGCUAUCAUAGGUCAAAGCGACAUUCACAUUAUACCAAGAGUCAUCGAUUUCUAUCUCGAUCCAUCUAGGUGCGAAUGUUACUCUUUCUAAGAAAGUAUAUAUAUAACGUAUACGAUGUUUCCAUUGAAAAUUCCGAAUUUUUUGCCUUUAAAUACUUUCAAUCUCACAACAGAUCUACUAUAAUAUUUAUAAUCGAUUCUAGUUUUCUGAUCCAUACAAAAUUGAUAUGGAGCUCAGAAUGGAUACGAACAAAACAUGUAACAUGGAUUGAAAUUGGUGAUUCUAUUACUAUAAUGUUGAGUGUUAUAGAAUACAAAUUUAACCCUUCAGUACAUAGUUAUAAUUCACACAACAAUAUGUUUUGUUGUGUGAAUACAGUCAUUGUUUCCCCUCCCAUCACUGCCACUGUAAAACCAUAUAUAGAAAAUCCUAUAUCCUAUGUAUAGAAUAAUGUUAAAGAUAACACGCCUGUAAUCAUAUUAUCAUAGCUCUUGAAUUCUGGUUGGGAACGUGUAAAUAUAUUAAAAAUGAAAAUAUUUGAUAGUUUGUCAGAAAUGUUUUGCUGAAAAUUGACGGUGAUCAUGCAUCUCGAUUAUUGUUAAUAUUAACUAUAUACCGGAAAUAUAAAGUAUUAUGUAGUGAAGGGUUGAGGUAACUAAGAUAAUAUUUAUGUAAAGUACGAUCAGAUGUCAAAAACAUCGAUUUGAGAUUGUAUCGUUUUGUAAAUACGAUAAUAAAUUAUUUAAAAAAGUUAUUUUCUAAAAAAAUUAAGAAUAAUUGAAAUAAUUAUGUAAGUAAGAACUGCUGCUUUCAGUACAGAGUUUGUUAAACAAUUAAAAUUCGAAAAUUCUGAUUUCCAGUUUUUUUAAACUAUAGUAAGAACUAUAAUUAGUUCUAAUUUGUUUGAUUGUCGUAAAAUAUAUUAUUAUUUUUUUUAAAUUUAUGUUCAAGUACAAAGUAUGGCUAUAAGCAGCUGUUCCAGAUACAUUGCGUGUUCCUUUCAGAUAUGAUUGUUUAUAUUUAUAAAAAAUGCUGGAAAUGGAAGAAUUCAGUAACUACCGAUACUGUAGAUAUACUUUUAUGUACGGUAUUGGUACACUGAUAGCUUAGUACUUAUUCAGUACUGGCGGCAGUUCUAUUAUUAAGUUGUAAUUUUAUAUAUUUUUGGAAAAACUAUUUAUUAAAUUUUUGUGACUAUGAAUCAGUGAGAAAUAAAUCAUAUCCAAUUA